AUGAGGUUCUCGUCCGUCGACAUCGCCACCUGCCGCUUCCUGCAAUGCCAGGCAAUAUUGGUUUUCCAGACCCGGCUCAACCCCUCGCAGCUGGAAGAAGCCUUCCACCGACUUCUCUUGGCGUGGCCAGUCCUUCUAGCCCGCGUCAAUCUGCAGCGGACCGGGUCCUGCCCAUCAGCCGACACCGCGGGACAUUGGCAGUCGCGAGUGAUGGACGCACCGCUAGUGGACUGUGUCUCGCUCGACCAGAUGACGAAGCAGGAGCUUGAGCCAUCCGAAUAUACGCGCUUGGGGCAGCUCUUUCGGUUUAGUUGGUCGCUCCGCUCGCUGUUGUUCCCGCCGGUUCUUCGGGUGAAAGCGGUUCAUUUUCGGGAUGGCUGUAUUCUGAACUUUAUUCUCCAGCAUGUCUUCAGCGACGCAAGCGGUCUUUACCGGAUCCUCUCCGCCUACACCGCGAUCCUGCGGGGCGAGACCAUCGAACCAACCGUGGAAGAACCGCGACCGAACAAACUCAUAUUCAAGCCCCCCGAGGGGACGAGCAGCGCGCUGUACGCGAGUGAACCGCUCGGGAGCCGGCUGCACAAGUCGGCAACCCAGCACUUGGCCUCCGGAUGGCUCGGCAAUAUCAUCUUUGCCCUCUGGCACUGGCUAGUCCGCGCCACCUUGGCAUACAAGCCUCCCCAGCAGGCGCUCGCGGUGACGCGACACGACCUCGUCAUGGCCAUCAUAGCUCAGGCCGCCCUGCAAGCAUACCCCCACCUGCACCCGGCAGCGAUCGCAUUCGUCUACAACUUCCGCAGACACCUCGACCAACCCGUGCGACUCCAAAACACCUCAUGGCUAGUCUCGAUGCCUCUCCCGGCGCAGCCAAACAAGCCCAUCAUGCUUGGCGAUAGCGAUGACGAGGAGGAGGAAGAUGAAGACGAUCGACUCCUGAUGCUGGCGUCCUGCGUCCGCGACGCCGUCAAGACAGUCCGCACCCCGGAGUGCCUGCAGCUCUUCCGCCAAGCCCACAAAGCCAUGGGGCCGUGGCGGCCCUUUCGGGCGGCCCUGCGGCACCCGAACCACCCGAACACCCUCGUCUCGUCGUCCUCCCAGCUACCCUGGUACAGCCUCUGCUUCGGCGGCGGGCCCCGAGACCAGGCCAUUCUAUGCGAGCAUGGCUGUCGGCUUGAUUGACCUCUGGGGGUUAUCGGGCUAAGUGUUCAUGACUGGAUCCUGACGAGUAGGUAUCGCGAGAACCGCGGGUAUUGUCUGUAUGGGUCGUUGCAUGCGGAGC